AUGUUUUAUUUUCGAGGAUACGUGGUAAGUCAGGGAGUUCGACGCGGCCACCGAUCGUGCUCAGCAGCGACGAGGCCAGGAAAUGGCCAGCAAGGAGUGAAGGUAGGCCCAAGAUCUCAAGGUGCUGCGGUGAACAAUUCAGGGGAUGAUUCAUUUUCGGGGAAAGGAUAG